UCUCUCUCUCUCUCACACCUCCCAUCUUUCUCUCAUUCUCUGUCCCCCUCUCUCUCUCUCUCAAAACUUCAAAAAUAGCUUCAAUGGUUUGAUCACAUCGCACAAACAUAGUUUUGCUGGAAAUGGGGAAGAAAGGAAGUACUGGGUGGUUCUCAACGGUGAAGAAGAAAGUCUUUAAAUCCUCUCCUAAAGAUUCAAAGAGAGAGAGCAACGUUAGCAACAACGACGCCGAUAGGUGGCAGCAGCAACACGACACGCAAGAAGUCGUAUCUUUUGAAAAUUUCCCGGCGGAAAGUUCGCCGGAGAUCUCACAUGACGUCGAGAGCACAGCUUCUACUCCGGCAACCAACGUUGGAGAGAGAAAACACGCCAUGGCUGUGGCUAUAGCCACGGCAGCUGCUGCCGAAGCAGCCGUUGCAGCCGCACAAGCUGCUGCUAAAGUCGUUCGGCUUGCAGGCUACAACCACCGGACGGAGGAAGAUAGUGCCGCCGUGCUCAUCCAAUCACACUACAGGGGCUAUCUGGCAAGACGAGCACUGCGUGCCUUGAAAGGACUAGUAAGGCUUCAAGCAUUAGUCCGUGGCAACCACGUACGAAAACAGGCACAGAUGACUAUGAAAUGUAUGCAAGCUCUGGUUCGUGUCCAAGGCCGAGUUAGAGCAAGAAGGCUCCAAGUGGCCAAUGACCGGUUUAAGAAACAAAUUGAGGAAGAAGAGAAGCGGUCUGGGAUGGAAAAACCGAACAAACGGUUUGCGAAUCUCCAAACCGAUCGAGAGAAAACGAAAAAAUUGCACGAAGUGAACCGAACCAGCGUAUACCAAACUCCAGGAAAUGAAAAAGAGAGGAGUGAGGGAAUGAUGAAAAGAGAGAGGGCUCUUGCUUAUGCGUACACCUACCAGCGGCAAAUGCAACACACAAAUGAUGAUGAUGCAAUUGGAUUUUCUGUUAAUGGGCCUGAUAGACCCCAAUGGGCUUGGAAUUGGCUUGACCAUUGGAUGUCUACACAACCAUACACAGGCCGUCAAACCAACCCUGGACAAUAUAAUCCUCCUCCAUAUCCACCUUUCCCCACGGCCGUGGCGACCACAGCUGGUACAACCACACCUGAUGAAGUAUCGGAGAAGACGGUGGAAAUGGACGUGACCACUCCGACUAGCCUCAAGGACAAGAUAAUCGGUAUGAUUGAUCGAGAGUAUAUAGACUUAGGAUCAUAUAGACAAGCCCAUAAGCAACGUAAAAGCCCAACCCAUAUACCGAGCUAUAUGGCUCCAACUGCAUCUGCAAAGGCUAAAGUUCGUGACCAAGGCACGACCGUGAAGCUUCAAGGAACAUCUUUUAUGCCGUAUUGGAACUCCUCCACCAAAAACGGUUCUAUUAACGGAUCGGGUUGUGAUUCAUCAAGUUCCGGUGGAGCAGUAACAAGUAGUUAUCCCGGUCCUAGGAGUCCUAACCCAAAAAUGGAUAUUCGACGUAAACCGGUUAGUCCUAGUCAAAGUCCUACCGGGUUUGGGAAGAGAAGCUGGAGACAUGAUCACUAGAAGAAGUAUUUUAAUCUCUUUCUUUUUUUGUUGGUUUCUUGAAUAAAAACUUACAUUUGUGUGGUUGGUUAAUUAUCUUGUUUGAAUAUAUCUUCUUUGUUACAUCCACUAAUUGUAUAUGACAUUAAUAAGUGAAUAUAUAUGUAUGUACUCUCGA